UUGGUAUUUGUUAUUGAAAUGUUUGUAACUUUUGUUUCCCCCAGCCUGCCAGCCAGCAAUUAUUAUUCCCUCUAAAUCAACGCUGGAAUAUGCUUAAGUCUCUUUUUAUUUUCCAUCGUAAAUGAUAUACGUGAAAGUGGUAAUGUUUAAGAAGUACUGCACCCCUCUGAGCCAUUCCACAAACAUUGCUGGAUGAGUGAAAAAUCUUCUCAUUUCCCAGUCGGAGGCUCUGCCCCUGGACCCUCACCUGAUUACUGACGAUUUACUCUCCACGCAACAUUUGUCUCACCCUUUUUUCUUCUUGGUUAAUCUUUACUGUGUGGGCACACUAAGCUAGGACAAAUAGAAAAUGAUAUUUGUAAAGGACUAAAAGUUGCAGUCGUUGGUACGGGCACAAACAGUAACGCCACAAAUAAAGGGAAAAGAUUGCAGAAAGUGCCGCUCACAACCUUAGUGCACUCUGUGCUCCUGAACUUCAGCUCUGUCUUGCCAUGCAUACCAAGGCAGCAGGGAGUCAACAAGGAACAUGAUCACACAAGACACAGAUUCUCACCCUAAGCUCAAGAAAAUGAAGACUAAAAAAGCCAAAUUCAAGAAAGAAAAGAAGAAAAAGAUGAAGAAAGGAUUAGAGAACCCAGAAUCCGACAGCGAGAGCGAUAAUCUUGAUCUCAGUCAGCCAAUGUAUCCAUUGUCGCAUUACAUAUCAGACCAAGAGGACCUCGUCAACCAGAUGUUUUCUACUAUUCGAGGCUCAAAGUUUCAAGCCAUGCUUCCCCCUGUUCUGCAGGUUUGUCUUUCAUGUCUGGUUGAUGUCAAGGUGUGAAUAGAUUAGAGGGAA